UUCGUCUUCUCCUAUCGCCCGACUCCUCCCGUUCCAUCUGCCUCUUCCCCCUCAAAAAUAAAAAAUAAAAAAUCUGCCUCUUCCUCGCCGUCCCGGAUCUCCUCGCCCACGGUAAGCGCAGCAGUCCGUGCUGUGUAGAUCGCACGCGCCAAUGGAGCCCAAAAUCCCUUCGCAAGUCGCAACUCCUGCGGGAUCUUAUCCCCUCUUCCAAGUUCGAAGCAUCUCCACUCCAACCCCCUUCCGCGUCUCUCGCCAUGCUGAGCACGAGGAGGGGUGAACUGAAAUCCAUCCAUUCCAGGGCUGGAGGGGGUCGCAAACCGCGGCCAAUUAUUCGCCUUAUUAAUCCCCUGGUACGAUUUAUUAAUCACUUUUAAAAAAAAAAUUACUCGAUCUGAUUCGUUGGUUCCCAAACUCCACCCUAGUUAUCAGAGGUUUAUAACAUCAAUAGUUACUGUUGGAUAGUCUGAAAAAUAAGUAGCAUUCACGGAUUUAUUGCUAGGAGUCUAGGAGACCUAGCAAAAAAAAGUCAUGGUCUUUUAUCUCUCACGUGUUAGUCGACGUUAUCCUCCUUUCCAUCACCUCUUUCUCUUACUUUCCCCAUCCCUAUUCUAAUUUUCUCAAUUUCUUAGUCAUCCCCUCUCGGCCUCUCUCUUUCUCAGACCACACUCCACCCUCCAUAUAUGUAUUUCCUGAAUGAAACGAAUUAUUUCCAGCCCAAUUCAUGCCCAUUUAUUUUCUUUAUCGGAUCGUAAGAAUUAGUGGAAGAAUUUAAUUCGCGCUAGUAGAUGGAGAAUUUUGAAGUUUUGAUUGGGGUUGAGAUGCGGAGUCCAGGGUACAUUGUGUCUUUGGUAGUGUUUCGUUGUAGAAUGAUGUAGCUCAUGAAUUGACAUUCGAUCAUGCGAUAUGUGCUCACUGUAGUUAAGCGAAUGAUGUAGCUCAUGAAUUGUCUAAGAAGUGUUAAAGCAUGAGGUUUGGAAGUGCGUUUACAGAAGAGUGUUGAAAGAUAUCUGCGGAAAUGCAGAUAUGGAGGUGAUGUCCUCAAUAUAGUCUUGAAGUCAUGAACUAGAAAAUGCAUGAAAGACAUGAGGAGAGCAAGUGAUGUAAUUCAUUUCAUUCAGGAAUUAAUUGAAAUGAAUCAAUCUACGUCCCACAAAAGACAAUUCAUCAAAUUAACCUGCAGGACCAGGCAGAUAAGCAGAGACCACUUGCCAAAGAAUCAAUCAUAUGGAAUUACUCACCUACUGCGAUUAAAGAACUAAAGGACAGGUUCUUCACUCAAUUCCCAAACAAAAGGUUUUCUUAGAAAAUGGGACCGCGACUGCUCAAGUCUUGUAGACAAAAUGUAAUACGGUAAGGGACAUGCUGGUGCCAACUGUGUAGAGCCAACCCACUAAAUAUUUCUCUUAUACUGUAUUCAUGUGGCAGCGUUCUCAUCACUUACAAUAGUGCUCCUCGAUUGGAUUCCUUCUCACUUUGACCAACCCACUGCUUUAUUCAUGUGGUGCCGUGUACCCACCAAGUCGUCCGUCCUUGUUUCAGUUUGGUCUUCUUCCAGCUUUUCUGAUAUCUUGAAACCGGAUUCACACCCGAGUCUAGGAAAAUAUUGUCUGGUUUCAAAUCCAAAUGGAUAACGCGGUUGGAGUGGAGGUAUGCUAAUCCAGAGUUUUGUAGGCUUUUCUUUUUAAUAAAUUUAGUUUAAUUUUGAAAACUUGACUUAUGAUAAAGUUAGAAAAUCUUGUAGAAAAAAUGAAGACUAUUAUAGUUCAAGAGGAGGUAACAGGGAUACACCCAAACAUUACAGUGGAUGUGUGUUGAACCAAGAGUUGAUAGUAAGCGAUACAUAGAUGGAGCUUGACCACCUGCUCUUGUCAAGGAGACUGAUCGAUGCUUAUCACCAACUCGACCUUUAUGACAAAUACAAAUACAAGUUGAUGAUGCGCGCAUCGAGUUGGAAUCUGAACCAUUUGUUAGUCAAUUGGUUUCCAAUUAUUUACUCGACUGAAGUAAACCAUGAUUCCAUUACAUUAAUUGAAGAAAAAACAACAUCAAUUUAAUUAUUGUGCAGGGGGGGGGGGGUAAACAUUACAACUUGAAGUAUAUAUGAAUAAAAAAAUUACACAAAUGUGAACAAACUGCAGGAGGAAGAUGAAAAUGCGAAUAAAUAAACAGCAUGAUUGUGAACACUGGCCGCUAGCUACAUGAAGUCCACUACUACUGCCGGUUCGUAGCUAGUCAUUAUAGUCUGAUUCUAUAUAAUCAGGAGCUGAACCGCGUGAGAGUAGUACAUCUUGGAGUCGCCUCCUUCCUCCUGCAGCUAGCUCCACCACCAGUAAAGCAAAAAAUGGCGUCCAACGAUGAAAUAGAGUUGGGCAAUCAAGGGCAAUCGUCCAUCCAGCUCCCUGCGGGCAACAAGCCUUCAAGGCCACUGGGGUAUGAGCUGAAGAAGCACCGGCUGCUUCUGGCCACUCUGGUGGCGACGGUGACAUAUGUGGCCGGGACCAACCUGCCAGGGGGAGUCUGGCAGGACACGCAGGAUGGACACCUUGCUGGCGACCUCAUCCUUCCGACCACCCACUACCAUCGAUACCUCGCAUUCUACUACUGCAACGCGACUGCAUUCGCCGGGUCAAUCGUGGUCUGCCUCCUCCUCCUCAUCCUGGAGGCCGACGAUGGCGGAGUAUUGGAAGCUACAGUGUGGGUGGUCAUGGUUAUCGAUUUGGUUUGCCUCACUGGGGCCUAUGUUGCAGGGAGCAGCCGGGAUGCAUUCACGACGAUUUACUCCUCGGUGCUAAUGUGUGCCUUCUUGGCCUACAUGUCGGUUUUCUUCUUGGUCAAUGUCGUCUCCAGGUUGACAAAGAAACAAUUGCAACAACCAGGCGGUGAUGAUCUCCAGGAGCAGGGUGAUCAGGAUGGUAAUAAUAUAGAACCACGGAGGGACGAGGAACCGCACGAGGCCCUGAUGGUGUUGGCAACCUUUGUGGUGACAAUCACAUAUGUGUCCGGGCUGAACCCUCCAGGCGGCUUUUGGAGCAACACCCAGGAUGGCCACCGUGUGAGCGCCCCAAUCCUCAUGGACUCUAACCCCGCCCGCUAUCAGGCCUUCUUCUUCUUCAACACCGCGGCAUUCGUCACGUCCCUUCUUAUUAUCACCCUAUUCCUCGACAGGAAGCUAAGCAGGCGAAUAAUCUCUGCUAAUUCAUGGUUUGUUGCACUGUACGUGUACAUUGCCACCGCGCUCCUUGGCCUUGUUGGGGCAUAUGUGGCUGGGAGCAGCUGGGUUCUUAACAGUGCCAUCUAUCCCUUCUGUCUGAUUGGCUUGCUGUUUUCAUACAUUUUCCUCCGAGUGGCUAUUGGCAGAGUCACAAGAAGUAUCGAGAUCAAGAAUUACUGCUGCCCGGGGCUACUUGAAACUAUAGGUGGAGCUGCUUCGCGGUGCUUUGCCCGGUCUUCUGGCGGCAGGGACACAAUUCAAGAACCAGAAAGUGCUCGCAAUCUUGUUAUAUUGCUUGCUACCCUUGUGACGAGCAUCACUUACCAAGCUGGACUAGAUCCACCAGGCGGCGUCUGGCCACAGGACCUGGAUGGGCACAAGUGUGGGGACCCAAUACUCCUCACAACACACCCAACACGGUACAAGGUGUUCUUCUACAGCAACUCAGCUGCUUUCAUCGCAUCCUUAAUUGUCAUGACAAUGCUCUAUACCAGAAUCCUAUAUAUUGGCCGUAGGCUCGAGAUGGCGAUGUUAUUGGAUUUAUUCGGCCUCAUAGGUGCAUAUGCGGCAGGGAGUUGCAGGGAUUUAAGCUCCUCCUUAUAUGUUGUCGCCUUGGCUGGCAUUGUCUUUGUCUAUGUGGAGAUUCAUAUCGUCUUCUUUGCACAAAAAGACCACAGUUGCUCGGACAAGCAAUCAGAAGCUAUGCUGGAGAAUAAGCGUCAGAUCUUGCUGCUCCUGGCAAUCCUGUCUGCCACACUGACCUAUCAAUCUGGGUUGACACCACCAGGGGGCUUCUGGUCAGCAGAUGACCAACUCGGGCACCGUGCGGGUUUCCCGGUCCUCCCAGAUAACUACCCUCGUCGUUACAAGGCAUUCUUCUAUUGCAACGCGAUGAGCUUCAUGUCAUCCGUGGCUUUAAUUGUCCUCCUUGUGAACCCAAACCUAUAUAGGUUAGGGAUACGGUGCUAUGCACUCUAUGUGUCCAUGAUAGUGGGCAUCAUUGGCCUCAUUGGUGCCUACGCUGCUGGAAGCUCCCGGCAUCUACAAGCCUCCGUCUAUGUGCUAGUGUUGGCUGCUCUAGUAUCCUUCCUUGUAAUUCUGCAGGCGGUCAUUCUCUGUACUCGCAGCCGGAGAAGGAAUAUGAAUAUGCCUGAAACAGUACCCUGCCCUGGAUCAGGAGAACGCGGAGCCUAUGAUGACAGUGAUAUUGCACAGAUUAGACACACUGACCUGAGCGAUUAUUGUAUGACACUGGGAGUCAUGGCGGCAAGUGUAACAUAUCAGGCUGGCCUAAAGCCACCGGGUGGUCUCUGGCAGGACAACGUCAACGGACACUCUGCAGGCAGCUCUGUUCUCCUUGACGUCGACAAACGCCGAUUUCUGGCUUUCGCCUAUAGCAACUCCACCUCAUUUAUGGCUUCUAUCUCCGUCAUCAUCUCGCUUCUUCCAGGGAUGCUGCACCUCCAGUACAGGACCCUGCUUUGGCCAAUUAAAAUGGCCAUUCCGGUAGGCAUGCUCGGCCUCCUCGGUGCCUACGCAGCUGGCACUACCAGGGAGUGGGACACGCCCGCCAAUGUCAUCGCUCUACUCGUUCCUGUGCUGGUCUUUAUUGCAGCAGUGUCAUUCUGCUGCCGCAAGAAAGGCCAACGGGGCUGGGCGUGGUAGUAUGCCGGCUUUGUUUCAUUGUCGAUUUUCAUGUAAAAGCAUCCGGUGGUUGUUGUAAACCAAAUUGAUGGAUAUUUCUCAUACGGUCCAGUUAAUGCGAUGUUUCUAAAAAAGUGGUCAGACUUAUCUAUA